AUGGUUGGCCUUCAACACCCGUUCCAGCGUCUGCGAUAUGUCAACAGACAGUCCGCUGGUCUGUCGGACAUUCUUGUGGCCACUGCUGGUCGCAAUCUCUUCUCUUUGGAUGUAUCCAGUGGUCAGCGCUUGGAUGUGUGGCCUCAGCCUAUAGUUGAGGCCCCCACCGGAGAAACCUCUGGCGCAACCCCAGCGUCGGAAGGCCAAGGCCCACCAGAGAAGCGUAGAAAGCUCUCUUCGCCUGCUGCUGAUGAGAAGGAUGCCGAGCAGGAAAAUAAGCCUGCGCCAGAGGCUAAAUCUAUGGAUUCGAAGAAACAAGACACCAAUGCUUGGACUAACAUCCCUCUUUUGGCUGUUGCCCAAAGCAAAUAUGUAAUUAUCAUGACUGCCGAGGACAAAUGUGUUCGAGUUCUCAGUCUGGCCGACAAUGGAAAACUCCAGGAAUUGAGCUCUCGCAUAAUGCCCAAGAAACUGAGUGGGCUGACCCUUACACCUGACGAGAGUACUAUUCUAGUCGGUGAUAAGUUCGGAGAUGUGUAUGCCUUCCCGCUCAUUCCCAGUGAAAACUACGUGAGGUCUCAACCACAGGCGAAGGCAUAUGAGCCAUCUGCCACAAACCUCACAGUGCACACCAAGCGCAACCUGGAAUCCUUGGAGCAGCAGAUGAAACAAGCUGCAUUGGCCAAGGCCAACCCGGAAGAACGAGUUGCGCUGAACUUUGAGCACCAGCUUAUCAUUGGCCAUGUCUCACUGAUGACAGGCUUGAUCUCUGUCUCGCGGCCUGCAGACUCGACUGUCGGUCCACGAAACUACAUCCUGACUGCGGAUCGCGAUGAGCACAUUCGUGUAUCCCGUGGCGUUCCUCAAGCCCACGUCAUUGAGCAGUUCUGCUUUGGUCACACUUCAUUUGUUGGCAGCUUGUGCGUUCCAUCCUGGGAACCCAAGGUUCUCAUCUCUGGAGGUGGUGAUAACUAUCUUCUCGUGUGGAACUGGCUCGAGAACCAGAUACUCCAGAAGGUCCAACUUCCCGAGUCAGAGACAGAUAUCACAGUCAGCGGUAUUUGGGAUAUCUCGUUCAGUCCCGCAGCUGGCGAUGCGGCGUCAGUUCAAACCAUUUUCGUCGCACUAGAAGGGUCUACACAACUCCUCUGUUAUUCUCUUGAGAAUGGCAACAGCUUGGCUCUCAAGCAGACUCUCGAACUCUGUGGAAAUGUCCUCGAUCUGACUGCUAUCGAUUCCAAGGGUUCCAUCGUGGUAUCCGUGGACACACUGCGUCAACCCAACUCAACUACUGCCUGGAAAUCAAUGUCCCAGCCUCCUCUCGAGACUUUCCGGGUCAGUGCCGGCAAAUGGGCUCCAAUCGAAGACUCCAUGGUUCUCCAGAUCAAUGAGGAGGGCACUUCAGGUGUGCCUGAGGGGCUGGAGCAGAAGAAGCAAACCGAGCUCAAUGACGCGGUGUACGGUCUGGCCAAGUUGCGCAAGAGAGAUGGAAGCGAUGAUUAA